UGACAGCAGCGGCGGGGGUCCCCGCAGCCGCCGCCGUGUCCCGCUCAGGCUCGGGCUGGGCCCGCGGAGCCCCCGGUGCGGCCAUGAACCGACCCCUGACGGCGUCGGCAGAGGCGGAGGAGGAACUGGAGUGGCAAGUGGCGAGUCGCAGGAGGAAGGCCUGGGCCAAGUGCCGCAGCUCCUGGCAGGCGUCGGAGACGGAGGAUCUGUCCACAGAGGCUACGACGCAGGACGAGGACGAGGACGACGAGGAGGACCUCCCCGGAGCGAAGCUGCCGGCGGCCGCGGGGCGAGGAAACGUGCCCAACGAGAAGAUCGCAAUAUGGCUCAAAGACUGCCGCACCCCUUUGGGAGCCUCACUGGAUGAGCAGAGCAGUGGAGCACUGAAGGGUGUGCUUGUGAGAAAUGGAGGAAGCUUCGAAGAUGACUUGUCGCUGGGAGCUGAAGCCAAUCACCUCCAUGAACCUGGUGCUCAAGUGGAAAACUGCAACAAUAUCUUGGCCAAAGAGAGAAGACUACAGUUUCAUCAGAAAGGGAGAAGUAUGAAUUCUACUGGGUCUGGGAAAAGCAGUGGUACAGUGUCAAGUGUUUCAGAACUGCUGGAGCUUUAUGAAGAAGAUCCUGAAGAAAUUCUGUAUAAUCUUGGAUUUGGACGAGAUGAACCAGAUAUUGCUUCUAAAAUUCCUUCCAGGUUUUUUAAUUCCUCAUCCUUUGCCAGAGGCAUAGACAUUAAAGUAUUUUUGAGUGCGCAAAUGCAACGGAUGGAAGUAGAGAACCCAAAUUAUGCUUUGACAAGCCGUUUCCGUCAAAUUGAGGUGCUUACUACUGUGGCCAAUGCGUUCUCUUCUUUAUAUUCCCAAGUCUCUGGGACACCCCUGCAGAGAAUUGGAAGUAUGUCCUCAGUGACCUCCACCAAGGAGGCAACAGAUUCCCCUCCUCCCCUGACUCGAAGCAACACUGCCAACCGUCUGAUGAAAACACUAUCCAAACUGAACUUAUGUGUUGAUAAGACAGAGAAAGAAGGGAGUCCUUCCCCCGCUGGUGAGAAAGGAAAGAGUCUAAGCAUUUCGCUGGCUGAGGACAGCGGCAGCAAGAAUGACCCCAAGUUGCAGAAGGUUAUGAAGAAGAAGGAGUCCUCUUCUACACUGGCUACAGUUACAGAAGAAGUCUCAGGAAGUUUGUCGACCAUCACAGACAGUGUUGAUGCCGACAGACUCUCUGAGGAAGCAGACAGGAACAUCAGCCACAAGAAGGAAAGCGAACAAAGCAAAGAAACUCCAAGUCUGGAGAAUCAACUGCUCCAGAAGCCUGCUGUUCCGGAAUCUGACUUAGGUUGUGAUGUCAGCAUGUCUAGGCACUGUGAGCUGAGAAAUGCCCACGCGUCCACGAGUGACAAAGAGCCCUGUGCACCACUGGCGAUCCCGUUCAUAAGAAAUAUAAUGACACAGCAGAAAGACUCCUUCGAGAUGGAAGAGGUUCAGAGCACAGAGGGGGAAGCACCUCAUGUACCAGCCACUUGCCAGCUAGGCCUUGCCAAGUCGAAAAGAGAUCAUCUGUUGCGAACUGCAAGUCAGCAUUCCGACAGUAGCGGCUUUGCUGAGGACUCUGCAGACUGCCUCCCCCUCAACCAUCUUCAGGUUCACGAACCCCUGCAAGCCAUGGGGAGCAGUGCUGACAGCUGUGACAGCGAGACCACUGUCACAUCCUUUGGUGAAGACCACGUGACCCCUAAAGUACAAGACCAGCCUUAUUUUAAUGAGUCAGAAGAGGAGUCUUGCGCCCCUGUUCAGAAAGGCAAAGCCAAGGUGGCAAUAGUUGCUGAUGAAAGGAAAGCAGACAACCCAGAUUUCCCUCUGUGUGAGACUGCAGAGAAUACUGGAGAGAAAGAGUCCACGAGGAGUCCCGGUGACUCUGAUGCUCAGCUUCCAGAAACGGAGAAGGAUGCACCUCCACCCUCAGCUGGAGAGCUCCGGAGGGAAGGCAGUGGAGACAGUGAUGUGGAGAAAAGCAGUGAAUGUGAAUUUGCCCAGUACACCACACACCAUAUUCUCAAAUCCUUGGCUUCCCUUGACGCCCAGUGCAGCGGUGUGAGCUCUGAAAAGAAAACGGGGUUUCCCUCUUCCCUGGAUCGAGUGAAUACUGCCUUGCAGAGAGCUCAAAUGAAGGUUUGCAGUCUGUCUGGUCAAAGAGUAGGGCGUAGCCUAAUAAAAUCAAAGGAUCUCUUGAAACAAAGGUACUUGCUUGCAAAAGCUGGCUAUCCCCUAAGAAGGUCUCAGUCUUUGCCGACCACCUUACUGAGCCCAGUAAGGGUCGUGUCUUCUGUCAAUGUGCGAUUAUCUCCAGGAAAAGAGACCCGGUGCAGCCCACCUUCCUUCACCUACAAGUACACAUCUGAAGAUGAACAAGAAUUGGAAAAGGAAGUGACUGAACAUGAUGGUCAGUCUGUGGUUAAAUCCACCAUCUUUAUCCCCCCAUCCUCUGUGAAGAAAGAAGAAGCCCCUCAGAGUGAGGUCACAGGACUGGCGGAAUGCCACCAUGGGAGGCUUCCCCCUUGUCCACAGUUUGCUCCAAUAUCCCAGUCCACCUGUUCCCUUCACUCUGUCCAUGAGUGGCCGGACAGGCCCCUGUGUGAACACAUGAGAACUCUGAGUGCUCACAGUGUCCCCAACAUAUCGGGCGCCUCGUGUGGUGUCUUCUCUUCUCCUUUCGGCUGUCCCUACUCUUCACAUAGACAUGCUGCCCCCCCAUACAGGGCAUGCCCUGUGAAUCCUCCCUCUGCCAUAGAGAUGCAGUUGCGAAGAGUGUUGCAUGAUAUUAGAAACUCACUACAGAGUCUUUCACAGUACCCUAUGAUGAGAGGGCCUGAUCUUGCUGCUGCUCCAUACAAUACUCAGAAGUCGUCUGUUCUACCUCUUUAUGAAAAUACCUUUCAGGAGCUUCAAGUUGUGAGGCGGAGCCUGAAUCUGUUCAGAACGCAGAUGAUGGACUUGGAGUUGGCCAUGCUGCGGCAGCAAACUGUGGUGUACCCUCACAUGACAGAGGAGGACAGGUAUGAAGUUGAUCAGCUGCAGGGCUUGCGGAACUCUGUCCGAAUGGAGCUGCAGGACCUGGAGAUGCAGCUGGAAGAGCGCCUGCUGGGCCUGGAUGAGCAGCUCCGUGCAGUCCGCGGGCCUUCACCCUUCCGAUCCUCUGUGCUCCCGGGGAUGUGCGGCAGUAGGAGUGCUGAUAACUUAUCGUGCCCGUCUCCACUGAAUGUCAUGGAACCAGUCACAGAACUAAUACGGGAGCAGUCAUACCUGAAGUCCGAGUUGGGCCUGGGACUCGGAGAGAUGGGAUUUGAAAUUCCUCCUGGAGAAAGCUCAGAGUCCGUUUUCUCUCAAGCCACAUCAGAAUCAUCUUCCGUCUGUUCCAGCCCCUCCCACAACAACAGAAGAUCCAGAGGGCCUUCUGGCAACACGGGAAGCAAACCCAGAGCCCGCUUAGUGGCAAGAAAGAAGAUAUUCCGAGCCUCUGUGGCCCUGACACCAACGGCCCCCUCUAGAACAGGCUCUGUGCAGACACCUCCAGAUCUGGAGAGUUCUGAGGAAGCUGGAGCAGCUGAAGAAGCCUCACAGGUUGUGGGACUUACAUCUCACAUGGAGGAAGAGCAAGAAGAUCUCCCACUGAUGUCAGCUGCUCAGGAAGUGCAUCGAAAUGUGGAGCAAGAUGAGUUGCAACAAGUCAUACGGGAGGUGGGGUUGGGAUGGCUCCCAUUACCUGUAAUACUGGCGUUAUUGGUGAUUUCUGCUGGUGGAGGUGUUAUUUGUCCUUUGGAAGAUACUUUCUACUGAGCUGGCUACUGUACACAAUGGAUAGUGUGCAUUUCUGUAUGCAGUGUACAGUAUACAGUUCUCCUAUGCAUAAAACUUUAAAAACAUAUGUAGAAACUUAGGCACUUUGCUGACUCAUUUCUAAACUAUCAGACUGGCCAUUUGAAAGUCUAGUAUUUAUUUGUAUGUCAAUGUUUUUUCCAGUUGAUGUCCUAUGUAGAAUUAAUUGUAAAACUUGAAGAGUUCCAGACAUAACCAACUUAUAAAUAACGUAUUUCUUCAGACUAGCUUCUACAACACUGACCUCUAUGAGGUAUUUACUGUGCAAUAACAGAUUCAUCUUCUGAGAGCUUGAAGCAACCGAUGACUUUUCCCUCCACUGCUCUUCAGUGGGUCACUUCCAAGAAGACAAACGAUUCUGUUGUAAAAAUUGCUCUUAAUUCUUGAGGAGGCUACUGAGAAGCAGUAGGGUAGAUCUCAUGAGGUUACCUACAACUACUUCAUGUUCUUACACUGUAAGCCUUGUUGCUUUGCCCCAAACAAAUGUAAUUUUAUUAUAGCUAUGUGCAUUAUGGUAAACACUAUGUACUUUCUGCAUUGUUCAGAUACCUUACUUAAGAUGUUUCUUCUAUCUUUUAGACUAAAUAGUAUUUUCAAGAUAAUGGGGCCUGUGACUUGAAUGGAUAGAAUAGAAAUGAAUAAGCUGUUUUUUUUUUCCCAAAAUGAGGUUUAGAUAUGUUUUCCUCAUGCAUAAAUGAUUUUAAUUCAGUUUUAACCAGAAAACUCUUGGUUUUUUUUCUGAAAAAAAAAAAAAGUUUCCUAUCUGGUAUUAUAUGUGUCAAAUAAAUGUAUAAAGUAACAACCAAAUGUUAUUAGAAAUUAGUCUCUUAGUAUUUGUAAUCUUCAACUUCUAUUAUGUAACUUUGUGUGAGAAAUUUUAGUCAAAAGUGCUUGAAAUGUUAGCGUUCUUUGAAAGACUAUCUAAAAUGUUUAUAAAUAUUUGAACAAUCACACAAAGACUGAUCUCUAAAAAACAAAAAAAACCCAUUAAAACAAUAAAGUAUUUAUUUUGCCUAAA